AGUACGGAGGGGGUGAUAAAGCGGCGCAACGGGGGUUAGUGUCUGUUCUGUAGUGCCUGGCUAUCGCUCCGCAGCAGGGUACUGGUAAUGCCUGAUUUGCCCCCGAGGCUACUGAUUCCUACAGCCGGUCUCGCUGGUGACAUCCUGCUCUGCAGCUCCCACUCGGGUGUUCUCCCGAAUUCCUCUAUUUCCCCCUACCGAAUCACGGAGGAGAGGUGGCUGUGAUCGCACGGUGCGGCUGCACCCCCUGAUCCCCCGGAGAGCCGGCUGGUGUUUCUGUUCCUGCCGUUCGUUGUGCUCUUAGUCUGCCGGCCGCUGCUCUCUCAUUCAUUGGGACGUUGUCGUCUGCUGGACCCGGACAUAGACCCCGCACCCGUCUGCCUCGAUAAGCCGAAUCAAGCCCUUUCCCUGACUGACCCUGUGCUCGUUCCGUGGUUCGUUGCUGUGUGGAUCGGGACUCGUUUCCUUUGUCUGCCGUCCCUUUGCCUGGAAAGUGCGGCGUGUUUCACUGGGUGGUGCUCUCUCGUUCCUUUCCAGGUUGUUCUUUCCCUUUUUUUUUUUUUUUUUUUUUGCACCCUCAUUUACUCCGAAUUCCCCUGGGAAUUACCCCGUGGCCGUCUCUUUUUGGCUUUCUAUGAUGGCUUCUUUAUUGACCCAUAUCCCCGGCGCCCUGCACACCCCAGCAGAGUGAUCACACAUCGUGAAGACAACGUGCUGCUGAUCCUGGGCAGGGAUUAAAAGUUUUAGCUGUGAGCAAAAGAAAAGGAAAAAAAAAUAAGGGGGCAUCUGGGCUUUAGGACAACUCCUGGAAAAUGUCGACUCCCAACAGGUUCAAGAAAGACAAAGAAAUCAUAGCAGAAUAUGAGAGCCAAGUGAAAGAGAUCAGAGCUCAGCUAGUUGAGCAGCAGAAAUGCUUGGAGCAGCAGACAGAAAUGAGGACUCAGCUUCUCAAUGAUCUACAGGACUUCUUCCGCAGAAAAGCAGAAAUUGAGACCGAGUAUUCCCGGAAUCUGGAAAAACUGGCAGAGAGAUUCAUGGCUAAGACGAGAAGCACAAAAGACCACCAACAGUAUAAGAAGGACCAGAACCUGCUGUCUCCGGUGAACUGCUGGUAUUUACUGCUGAAUCAAGUGAGGAGAGAAAGUAAGGACCAUGCAACGCUAAGUGACAUCUACCUUAACAAUGUCAUAAUGCGCUUCAUGCAGAUAAGUGAGGAUUCGACAAGGAUGUUCAAAAAGAGCAAAGAAAUUGCCUUUCAACUGCAUGAAGAUUUGAUGAGAGUCCUUAACGAACUGUACACGGUCAUGAAGACCUACCACAUGUAUCAUGCAGAGAGUAUCAAUGCAGAAUGUAAGCUGAAGGAAGCAGAGAAGCAAGAAGAGAAGCAGAUCGGAAGGUCCGACCCUGUGUUCCACCUUAGAUUGGAGGACAAACACCAAAGAAGAAGCUCCGUCAAAAAAAUUGAGAAAAUGAAAGAGAAGCGUCAAGCCAAAUACUCGGAGAACAAGCUAAAGUCAAUUAAAGCACGGAACGAAUACUUACUAACGCUGGAAGCGACAAAUGCUUCAGUUUUCAAGUACUACAUACAUGACCUUUCGGAUUUAAUUGAUUGCUGUGACCUUGGAUAUCAUGCUAGUUUAAACCGAGCCCUAAGAACGUAUCUGUCUGCUGAAUACAACCUUGAGACUUCCCGACAUGAAGGCCUAGACAUAAUAGAAAACGCAGUAGAUAACCUGGAACCCAGGAAUGACAAGCAAAGGUUUAUGGAGAUGUACCCCACGGCUUUCUGCCCGCCAAUGAAGUUUGAGUUUCAGCCUCACCUCGGUGAUGAAGUUUGCCAGGUGAGCGCCCAGCAGCCUCUGCAGGGAGAACUUGUGGUCCGCUACCAGCAGCUCCAAUCUCGACUGGCGAUGCUGAAAAUAGAAAACGAAGAGGUGAAGAAAACUACAGAAGCCACCCUACAGACUAUCCAAGAUAUGGCCACCAUUGAGGAUUAUGAUGUGUCUGAGUGCUUUCAACAUAGUCGUUCCACGGAGUCUGUAAAAUCCACUGUCUCAGAGACAUACUUAAGUAAGCCUAGUAUCGCAAAAAGGCGAGCAAAUCAGCAAGAGACGGAACAGUUUUACUUCAUGAAGUUAUGGGAACAUCUAGACGGAAGCAAUCUCAUCACAAAACUCCAAGCCAAACAUGACUUGCUGCAGAGGACUUUUUCAGAAGUCAAAGGUCAUAGGGCAGAAUACAUGACUACAAGGCCUCCAAAUGUACCCCCUAAACCCCAGAAACAAAGGAAUCCCAGACCCCAGUCCCAUUAUAAUGCCAAGUUGUUUAAUGGGGAUCUGGAAUCUUUCAUCAAGGAAUCUGGGCAGAUUAUUCCUCGCAUCGUGGAAAGCUGUAUCAGGUUCAUCAACUUGUAUGGCCUUCAGCACCAGGGUAUAUUCAGAGUGUCCGGCUCCCAGGUCGACAUCAAUGAUAUUAAAAAUGCCUUUGAAAGAGCAGGUGAGGAUCCCUUGACUGAUGACCAGAAUAAUCACGAUAUGAACUCUGUGGCUGGAGUCCUGAAGUUGUAUUUCCGAGGCUUAGAAAACCCACUCUUUCCCAGGGAAAGAUUUAACGAUUUGAUAUCCUGCAUCCGAGUGGAGAAUCUCUAUGAGAGGGCCAUCCACAUACAUAAAAUCCUGGUGACAGUACCCAGGACUGUGCUCAUAGUAAUGAGAUACCUCUUUGCAUUCCUCAAUCACCUUUCUCAGUACAGCGAUGAGAACAUGAUGGAUCCAUAUAACUUGGCAAUCUGUUUUGGCCCAACUCUAAUGCCAGUUCCAGAUGUACAAGAUCAGGUAUCUUGUCAGGCUCACGUGAAUGAAAUAAUUAAAACCAUUAUCAUCCACCAUGAAACCAUUUUUCCAGAUGCUAAGGAACUGGAGGGUCCGGUUUAUGAGAAAUGCAUGGCUGGGGAUGAUUACUGUGAUAGCCCGUACAGUGAUCAUGGCACAUUAGAUGAAGUGGAUCCGGAUGCAGGCACAGAGACGCACACGAGUGAAGAUGAGUGUGAACCAAUUGAAGCCAUUGCCAAAUUCGACUAUGUCGGAAGGUCUGCUCGAGAGCUGUCAUUUAAGAAAGGAGCCUCCCUCCUACUGUACCACCGUGCAUCAGAAGACUGGUGGGAAGGAAGGCACAAUGGGAUUGAUGGUCUAGUGCCCCACCAGUACAUUGUGGUCCAAGACAUGGAUGACACAUUUUCGGAUAACCUGAGUCAGCAGGCAGACAGUGAAAGUAGCAGUGGGCAGGUGAUGGAAGAUAGGUCAUCAUCCAAAGAUAUGAACUCGCCAACAGACAGGCGCCCAGAGUUAUAUUUAGCCAGGCAAAGGCAAAGAGCUGAUCCUCCGCCUCCUUCUCGUCGUUCAGGCCGGACAAGUGACGGUCACUGCCCUGUGCAUCCUUCUCAGACUGUAAACAAUACAUCAGUGGAAAUCGGGUCUUCCAAUAUAUCUAGCCAUUGUAGUCCAAGAGCUCUUCUGCAUAACCGGAACCUCAAUACUGACAGCCCAGAACGGAGGAGAAAGCCAGGUCAUGGAAGUCUGACCAACAUCAGUAGACACGAUUCUCUUAAGAAGAUAGAUAGCCCCCCUAUAAGAAGAUCCACGUCAUCGGGGCAGUAUACAAGUUUUAAUGACCACAAACCACUUGACCCAGAAGGAAUUGCUAAGCAGGAUAUUGAAGAGACCAUGAACACAGCCCUGAACGAGCUGCGUGAGCUGGAACGUCAGAGUUCGGCAAAGCAUGCCCCAGAUGUUGUCCUGGAUACUCUAGAACAAAUGAAAAACUCUGCCACCCCAGCAACGUCAACAGAAUCAUUGAGUCCUCAUCACAAUGUGAUACUGAAGAAUACAGAGCCACAAAUCCGACGCAGUACCAGCACCUCUAGUGACACAAUGAGUACAUUUAAGCCCAUGGUGGCACCUAGAAUGGGAGUCCAGCUGAAACCACCUGCAUUGAGGCCAAAGCCCAUUGUUCUUCCAAAAACUAAUCCUGGUAUAGGAACAUCUCAAUCUUCCCAGGGGGCAGAUAAAUCGUGCACAAUGUAACCUUGUUCUUAGCGUUAUCUUUUUAGAAAAGAAAGGACACUCGUGGUCCCACAGUGUGCGUAGUGGAGAUGCUAGGCUUUUGCAUAGAGCGUGAUGACUACACUAGGGCACUUUGAGGGGAAACCAUAAACUGGACUAUGUUAAGGUGUUAUUUACAAUAAGUAGGGACACAUCUUACUUGAAGAUUUGAUGCUGCACAAUUUGUAUAAAUUAUAACACAGAUCACAAAUGGCUUCCCUCUUACAAAAUCAAA